AUGUCCUCAGGAAAACGAGAGGAAACCCCAUCCGCAGGGGGUCUCAGCUAUCAGAGUAACUGAGCACGGAGUCCUCUGGGUCCCCUUUCUGCAGGGUGCUAAUGGAAAUCUGGACGGUGCAGCCAGAAAUUACGAGUGCUGGCCCUGCCGGGAGGGGGAAGGAGAGGAGAUUGGAAAGUAAAAGCUGGCGUUUGUUUGUCGUCCAGCAGAGAACUUUCCCUGGAACUGCAGAGGCUCCCUGCUAAAUUGCAAACACAAGCCGUUACUGUACAGCGUCUGCUAGCAAGCAUGGAAAUAACGCAGGACUGUAGCUCCUUACGUAUAGAUCUGCUGCUCAUUGUUCAGUCUCAGGACAAACAGACAGAGAGCGAACAGCGUGGAGAGUCCAGCAACAAUACACAAGAUAAAGCGGUUCUGAAGAAGCCUCACUCAACAAGACACAUCAUCAAUAGCUAUGAGAGCCAAGGAAGCCAAGUGAGAGUAGAAAUUCAUCCUAAAAACAGCCGACCUCAGCUUUUUAACAGGCUUCUAGACCCACAAGGUGUACAAGUACAACCCAAAAAUGGAAAUAGAAAUGGUUGGGAGCAGUGUCCGCAGCCCAGCGCCAAAGACUUUUACGCUUACCCAUGGGAUAGAUCCAAUUUAAAAUCUAUGCCUGUCAACCUGAAGAACUUUGAGAAACUGGAUGCAUAUGCUACCCAGGUGGGAAAGAGGAACACCGUUGAAGAGCUAGUGAGUGUCCUCCUGAAAGUGGCACGCACAGACCUGGAGAGAGUCCGGGUCAUCUGGAUGUGGAUAUGUCACAACAUAGAGUAUGAUUUAGAUGUCCUGGAAGACAAGUCUAAAAGGUGUGGUGACCCCAGCCAAACGAUGCUGACUGGAAAGGGAGCCUGUGAAGGAUACGCCAGUCUCUUUGAAAACAUGUGCAGUCUUGCAGGUAUACAAUGUAUGAAAAUAGGAGGAUACUGUAAAGGUCACAGUUACGUGGUCGGAGAGACAUUCUCGGAAGAGACAAACCAUGCGUGGAAUGCUGUCUAUCUAAACCGAAAAUGGCACCUCCUAGACACCACAUGGGGUGCAGGCUUUGCAGACAGCACUAGCAAUACAUUUAGUUUUAGGUACAACGAGUUCUAUUUUCUGACUCAUCCUGCUCUGUUUAUAGAAGAGCAUUUCCCUGAUAACCAGAACUGGCAGCUCCUGCAGGCGCCCCUCUCACUAAAACAAUUUGAAGGAAUCGUGCAUCGGAAAAGCAGCUUCUAUAAUGCUGGAUUGAUAGCCUUGUACCCUGAAACCCUUCAGGUUGAAACAGUUAAUGGAAAGGCCACAUUUUCCAUUGAGGGCUGUUGCCCUACCCUGUUUUCUUUCACUCUCAAUAAGACAGAGAAGCCUGGACUGAUGACCCUCACAAAGAAUGGGAUGCAGCUGGAGGUGUACCCUCAAACAACUGGACGUCACAAGCUUGAGCUGUACACCAAACCUUACAACAGUACAAAAGAGUGCUAUGACAGCAUUGUAGAAUACAUCAUCCACUGUGGCUCUGUCGAUUCCACAUUCAGAAUCCCUAAAGACCUUGAUGCUAUAGUUGGCCCCAGUUGGUUGACUGAAAAGAGGAGAUUCCUCCAGCCUUCAUGCCAUGACCCUGUGAUCAACACUCAAGAUGGGCGCUGCACUGUGGGGUUUACUUUAGGGAAAAGAAACAUGGUUUUAGCAACAUUGCAUUCUGACCAGAUAAAACCUGGAGAUGAAAGGAGAUAUGUGUUACAGACUGUAUGUGGAAACAGAGUAGAGUUCAGGGUCUGCCUUCCUCAACAAGGGUACUAUGCCCUAAAAAUACACAGCUGUACAGGUCCAGGGAUGUUUGAGUGUGUGUGCAAUUACCUAGUUGUGUGCAAGAACUCAGAGGUGGCAUGGCCUGCAUUUCCUAAAGCACUGCAAAACCCUGUUGGCCCAACUGCCUUAAUGGAAAAGAAGGGUCUUCUGCAACCUUUGCAUCGUGACCCUAUUAUUUACGCGUCAAACGGUCACUGUACUUUGUCCUUCACACUUAGGGAAGAUGUUGCAAUUCUUACAGCAGUGCUCUGCGAUGAAGCGUCCCUUAAUGACCAUGGAGAGAAAAGAUACGUCACACAGGCUCAAAGAGGCAACCACAUAGAGCUGAAAAUACGGCUCCCACAGGAGGGGUCCUAUGUUAUUCAGAUAUUUGCUGACAGCAAGACAUCUCCCACCAACUUUGAAUAUGUGUGUAAUUACCUGAUUUGUUUUUGUAGGACUGAUGCUACAAGCUCGGAACUUACUACUAUACCUCAGAUCCCAGUGGGAUCUGGCAAUAUGGUGGACAAAAAAGGUUUCCUCAGACCUUUACAGCUUGGACAGGUGAUUAACAGUACUGAUGGGCGUUGUUCUUUAUGUUUCUCUCUAGACAGAGAGAUGAAAUGCUUGGCCACAUUGCACAGUGACGAUAACAGGUGGAACAAACAAAUGGAAAGGAGGUAUAUCAUACAAAUUCAAAAACAGCGUCAGGUGGAGUUCCUCAUCCAGCUUCCCAGAGCUGGGUCCUAUGACCUCAGAAUCUACGCAGAUAGCAGAUUCCAGCCUGGAAAUUAUGAAUUUGUUUGCAGCUACCUUAUCACAUGUGCAAACCCAGAGGCAGCAUGGCCAGCGUUUCCCAAUAAACUCCAGAGCCCUGUUGGGCCAACAGCUUUGUCCGAAAAAUACGGGCUUCUUCACCCAUCACAUAAUGAGCCAAUAAUUCACUGUAAUGAUGGACAGUGUUCUCUCUCUUUUGCACUCAAGCGGGAAAUAGGCAUAUUUGCCAGACUACAGUCAGAUGAGGUGCUCCUAACAGAAGAGGCAGAAAGGAGGCAUGUGAUUCAAGUCCAGAGACAGAGCAGAGUGGAGUUUCAUGUGCAAUUGCCUCAAUGCGGGACAUACAUUCUGAAAAUAUACACAGAAUCAGAGCAAGGAAACUUCAAAUUUGCUUGCAAUUAUCUAGUUUCCUGUGUUAACACCCAAGUGAAAUGGCCUCUGCUUCCAAUGGAACUGAGCAACCCUGUAGGACCCAAUUGUCUUUCUGAGAAAAUGGGCCUGACACGGCCAUCUCACCUGGAGCCAAUAAUUUAUACAGAUGACGGCCGUUGUUCUGUCAGCUUUGCAUCGGAUCAGACUAUGGAUAUUGUGGCUACCCUUCACUCUGACGAGAUAACAUCCGAGGAAGCCAGGAGGAGGCAUAUUUUUCAAGUAGAGAAGGAAGGACGUGUGGAGUUUCACAUUCAACUCCCUAAAGCAGGUACUUAUGUUCUGAAGGUAUGCAGCAAGAAGAGAUCUGACCUGAGCAACAUUUAUGACUAUGCCUGCAACUACCUCUUAUGCUGUUCAAAUGGAAAGGUAAGGUGGCCCUUUUUCCCCAUGAGAUAUAGUUCUUGGGACCCCAGCUAUGAACUGUUGGAGCCACUGUCCGGAAUUCUACCAGCGAACAGCGAAGUCAGAUUUAGAAUCAAAGCCCGAGGACUGGCAGCUGUAUCUGUCAAAGGCAAGGGCCUCCACCCUUUGAACUUCAGCUCAGAUGGAUGCUGGGAGGGAAAGUGCAGGACAUCAGGAUGCAAGGACAUUCAUGUUCUGGUGACAAAUAAUUUGAACAAGAGCUAUGCAUUGGUACUAAGUUACCAAGUAAAAUGUGGGGCCCACCAAGGACAAAUGGAAAGUUCACAUUCCUAUUAGCUUUUCAUGUCAGAAUCUCCCUCUAGGUGCAGCAAGUCCCAAAUAAUAUGAAUCAUCUUAACAGUGCAUGUCCACUGCCAGAGGUACUAAAACAGGCUAUGGAACUAAACUUGAGAGGUUUGGCAUGUACCUCAAUGUUCUCCUUAUUAAUGGUUUCAGCCUGCAAUUCUAUAACUGCCGCCGAACUGCAAACACUUGGACUCAAAUAUUUAUUUUUUACAAAACAUACUCUUUUCCUACAGCCGAGAAUUGCUAAUGGAAUAGACUUUUCACAGACUCUCUAAAAAUCACUGCUAUUGAGAAUUUUCCAGGUGCUUUGAGAUGGACAGUUUUCACUUGAUUGCAAACGCUUGUCUGCGCUGUGUUUGUACAUUUUUAUUUUUGGAACGUUGAUAACAUACACAGUGCUUGACUCAGGAUACCAUAGAGUUAGUACAGUCACAACAGAAGAGGCAAUGCCUUCCACGGAGACCUUACAAUCUAAAAAGAAGAAAUUGCAUUUCACUGAAAAUGUGUCUUUUUUGGGAAAAAGGCUGCUCUUGCUGUAUUAACAUAUAAACUAUGGCAAAGCCUACUAUUACUAUAAGCCCAUGUUCUAAAGCAAUAUGCUUGGUUAAACAGAUUGGGUGCAAUGCUAAAAAUAUAUAUGCGUUUCAGUACAUAAUUAUUAUUAGCAUCUAAAUUCA